UUAUCAUAACACAGCUCAGAUAGAUCUGAUCUCACAGUCCUUUUCCUCCAUUACUGACCACGUCGAACCUUUUUCUUCCCAAAAUCGCCUUCGAUCAAUCACCCACAAAAACCCCCAAAUUCGAUCACUUCACUGCAAACCCUAACAAUCCCAUUUACAUCGAUGUCAAACCAACUGAAAGCGAUCACCCUAACCCAUGUCCGUUACUUUAAAGGAGAUCAAUUAGGUUGUUUCUUAGCAUGGAUUUCACUAGUUCCAGUGUUCAUCAGCCUCGGUGGCUUUGUCUCUCACUUCCUCUUCCGUCGAGAGCUCCAAGGUAUGUUCUUCGCUUUAGGGUUAACAAUUUCCCAAUUCAUCAACGAAGUGAUCAAAACCAACGUCCAACAAGCCCGGCCGGAGACCUGCGUGCUGCUUGAAAUGUGCGAUUCCCACGGUUGGCCUUCGAGUCAUUCCCAGUACAUGUUCUUCUUCGCAACAUAUUUGACUCUGCUGACUUACAAAAAGUUCGGGAUUUUGUUUAGAAAGCAGAUGUUGUUAGUAGCUCUUGUGAUCUGGCCAUUGGCGUUGCUUACGAUGUAUUCUAGGGUUUAUUUGGGGUACCAUACAGUCGCCCAGGUGUUCGCCGGUGCUGGACUUGGGAUCUUUCUUGGUGGGUUGUGGUUUUGGGUGGUUAAUUCGAUUCUCAGAGGGUUUUUUCCGGUGAUCGAGGAGAGUUUUUUUGGUAGGUGGUUUUAUGUUAAGGAUACUUCACAUAUACCAAAUUUGUUGAAAUUUGAAUACGAGAAUGCUAUAGCUGCAAGAAGACAUUCAUCUUAUAAGCGUGCAGAUUGAUUGAAGAAUAUAAUUGGUCAAUUGGGUGAUAUGUGGAAGGAAGGUGGCCUGCUGUUUGGUGUUUAAAAGAUUUGCAGUGGGUCUAUAAUGUGUUUAAUUUGACAAAAUUAAAAGUCCAUAUAUAUAUAUAUAUAUAUAUAUAUAUAUAUAUAUAUAUAUAUAUAUAUAUAUAUAUAUAUAUCUUUACUCUUUAUUAGAACUUGAUUGUAUUGUUGCAACUAGUCACUUAUAGUUUAUCUUAUAUGGUUUAAUUGGUCAUAUUUUAUUAUACAAGUUGAAAGUUGUAAAAGAAGAAUUACAUCCCAUGUCUUUAAUCUUUUGCUACUGUUUUGUG